UGUAAUGGGCGCCAAGGACUGCGAGUGAGACUCAGUGUGCAGCGCACUUCUCAUAAUGUUUGGUUUUCCGGAUGGAAUGUCCACAUCACUGGGAUCUCCGGGAAAGGGAGAGGUAGAAGAGUGGAGGCGAUUUAUUCUCUAAGGAUUUUUAAAAAAGGACAGAGGCCAACGGCACAGCACAGACUCAAGCUCCUCAUUGUAAAGGAGAGAGAAUACCAGGAGAUUAAGGAGAAGAAAAGGGAAAAAGAAUUAUCGGCUCUAAAGGAUGAGCUCACCAAGCUGAAAGCCUUUGCACUGCUGGUUGUGAGGGAGCAACGGUGUCUGAGCGAGCUGCUGGAGGAGCAGAGGCGCCGCGGCAAAGAACUGACCGCCGUCACUGACCGCAUCGAGCGGGAGGUUGGCGCCGCUUACCCCGGCGCAAAGAGGGACGAGCUCAAAUCCCCGCACCGUAAUAAAGCCUCCAUCUUCCACCAAAGCCAAGACGCCAUGACGGCCCCAAGCCUGCUGUCGGAGGUCGAGCUGCUGAGGAGAAGGGUCGUGGAAAUGGAGGGAAAGGACGAGGAGCUGGUACGCAUGUGGGACCAGUGUCGAGACCUGGACCGCAGCCUGGCGAGGGAGACCAGCCGCUGCCGUAGCUUGAGGGUUGAGGUGGAUAAACUCAACGGCAGGAUCAGCGAAUUGGACAGGAUAGAGGAGGCUUUAGGUAAGAGCAGGCAGGACUGUAGCGUUCUGAAGGGCAGCCUGGAGCGAGAGACGGAGGUUAGCGAGGUGCUGUCGGGCGAGCUCGACGCUCUGAGAGGUAGGGUGAGAGAGCUGGAGGCCAUCGAAGGCCACCUGGAGAAGAGUGAGGUGGUGAUUAGACAGGACCUGGCCAAGCUCAGGUCACUGACGGUCGCUUUGGUGGAGGACAGGAAGACCAUGGCCGAGAGGCUCCGGCAGGCCGAGGAAAAGCUCAACAGGAAGGAGGGCAAAAGAAAUGAACAAAACACUUUGGCAACAACGACAGAGAGACUGAGAGAGGAGAGGCAGCAGGCGCUGAGGUCUAAGGUUGAUUUAGAGGAAAAGAUUAAGGGCAUAGCAAAGGAAAAAUAUGAGCUCCAAGACAGACUAAAAAGUGAAGGGGAGAAGAAUGGAGAGCUACAGAGUAAAAUCACUAUGAUGAAGAAAAGGUUGCAGAUCUUGGAAAACAGGAAAGAGAAAGAGAAGUACGCACACGGCUCUAUUCCAAACAACGCUGACCACCACUGCCACACAGAGGACAACAAAGUCAAAGAAUUGACCCUGGAGCUAGAAAGGUUGCAAAGGAGACUACGGGACAAGGAGGUGUUGGAGGAGGAGCUGAUGAAGGUGGAAAGUGACUUUGAGUCCCUGCAAAAGAGGUUCAAGGAGGAACAGAGGAGGUCCCGGGCUCUAACAGAGGAGCUGGAGGAGGUGAAGAGGGAGCUAUCCAGGUACGAGCAGGCAGAGAAGCAGGAGGUCAACCAGGAGCACCUUCUCCUCUGCCGCCUUCAGAAGGAGCAGGUCAAGUCCAGGCUGCUGGGCAGAGAGGUCGACACCCUGAAGCAGAAGCUCCACAAGCUGAUGGGCACCGAGGAGUCCAUCUGCCGGGUUCAGACGGAUCACUCCACGCUGCGGAGGAAGCUGACCCAGCAGGAGGCCAGCAACAGAGAGCUGGCCAGAGAGAUGAAGGAGCUGUGCGGUGAGCUCGACAGGCACGGACAAAUCCAGAAUCUUACACCCGGUGCGAACAAACGACGCUUUACAGACCUCCAUCAGACCGCCAAGGAGGUUCAGACCGAGCCCCCAGAGAGCCUGCCGCCCGACUACAGCGAGAGACUAGACGAAGAAAACGAGGAUGAGGAACCAAGCCGCGAUGCGGAAGUCAUGAACAGAAGAAGCUCUCUGGUCAACAACCUGAACAGCUUGAACAGCACGAAUAACAAUGUGAGCAAAUACGGCGGCCGUUCGGCCAAUGGCACGGAUGCGCACCAACCGGUUAACGGAGAGGUGAUGAUGUUAACGCACACACCGGGGCAGCCCUUACAGAUCAAAGUAACACCGCAUCACAUACUCAACACGGCCACGCUCGAGAUAAGCAGCCCCAACGGAGACACGGCUACAUCCUACACCAGCACGGCCGUCAUUCCAACGAGCGGCGCCUCGCCAAAACAGAGAAUUACGAUCAUCCAGAACUCAGCUCUGUCUGCGGUUAACACUAAAACCCCACCCUCCAGCCCCGACCGUACCGUGUCCCCGCUCGACGGUGCGCCCACCUCUCAGGUGUCGCGCUCUGUGACACCCGACCACGGCGGCUCCCCCGUUCAGAUCGUAACGGUCAGGACCUGUUCUCCGGAGCCGCCGGAUGCUGCGAAUCAGGCGGUCUACUGCAAGACGCCGGAGCGGCAGAGCGGCUGGCAACACCAGAGGUCCGGCAGCACCGACACGGGUCCCAGUAUCGUCGCCACGGAGGAGAACAAAAUCCAUAUCCAUCUGGGGAGCCCCUACAGCCAGUCUCUGAAUGGUAUGACCCACAGCAUGCCACAGCCCGUUGGGCCGUACUAUCUCCGACAUGAGCAAAGGACUCAAGUGCUCGCCAAUGGCUGUCAUGUCAAAGGUGUUGGCACGAUUACGAGCAGCAUCACUAUAUCCCCCGCUGCCUCUUCAGCUUCACAUUCCUCAAACAUUACAGUAAGUGGCCUUUUUGAUUAGGUGAAAAUAUAUUCUCAGCAUACUGUACUAUGUUUUCAGUCACGUUUCCGGACCAGACAACUCAAACAAUUCACUUUGUCUAAGGAGAACCCAGAGUUUUGGGGAUUUUGUAACAUUCAUGAAAUAAAUGCUUUGUGGUAUUUGUCCUAUAAGAGCCUUUGUAUGUCCUAUUUGGUGUAGUUAGUGUGUCCUUAGACUGGCUGACUUCUACAACCCUGGACUGUAUGACAUGAGUGUCUAGUACCUGUAUGAGAGCUAAGCGAGACAGCAUCGCAAGCAAAUGUGUGAUGUGCUUUUUUGAAAAAAAAUUGUAUCAUCAAUGUUUAUUAAAAGUGUUUGUGUUGA